AUGAGCACUAGCGACGAUUCUACCAGCGACUGGAACUUUGAAGUGAAAGCUCUUUACGAACUUCAUAUGCUGGGCGCCUUAAUCGCUGGUGUUGCAUAUGGGGUCGUCAUUGUGAUAUCACUUGACUGCUUUCGUAUGGUAUGGAGGAACGAGACACGGAUCAGAACUUUUACCCUAAUCUACAUCGUGGCUAUGACCGCCGUCAGCUCGGUGUCAUUCAUGCUGGGAGUCGUAACGUUCGUGAAUUCAAUCUUCCGGUUUAACACUUCGUGGUUCGAUAUGUUCGGAAUUUUUGGUCUGGACGCUCUUCUCUUCCCACUAGCAUUGUGGGGUGCGGAUGGCUUCAUGAUGUAUCGCUGUAUCAUGCUCUAUCAAGGUGUCCCUCGCGCAUGGCGAAUAAUCCUUCACAGUCUGCUCGGACUUUUGUCCUGUCUGUUGCUUGUCUCAGGGAUCAUGUUUCCUGUUGUCUCUUUCAGCCCUACUAAGUUCUUUUUAGUCGACAUCCUCGCCAACCCAUUUUUUAUCACUCUCUUGCUGGUCUCCCUCACCUCCUUUGUGAACCUAGCGCUCGCAGCGUUGGUCACCGUCCGACUCCAUUACCAUCAAAGGAAUACGCGGAAGAUUCUCGGAACAGAAUACGGCUCCCCCUAUUCGAGGACGAUUGCCAUUUGCAUCGAAUCAUGCGCGCUCAUCAUUGUCGUCGACCUUGCUUUCAUCGUCCUCUUUUUACUGAACUCAGAUACAUCAGUAAUCCCUGGACAACUGCUUGUACAGGCCUCUAUAUUGUCGCCGUUCCUCAUUAUCUCACGCGUCGCUCGGAGGACAGAUGUGCUUAGCACGAUGAGAACCCAGCUGAACAUCCACGAAAGGCAACUUCAACUAGAAGAGGGAGGCAGGUUGGAGACCUUGCGCUUCAUUUUUAGCCACGCAAGUGAGGGAAAAGAGCAUUCGACAGAAUACAUUCCCCCGAACGGAACCCAAUUAUCAGAUUAA